ACAGCGUUCAUCUUUAGGCCCCGCCCAGGAUGUUCAUGUUUGACCACAAUUUAUGUUUUUGAUUGAGAUUAGUUUUUUGUUUGAUUGAAUAAUAGUGAGACACAUUUACCUCCAUAGAGCUGCGCAUGUCAAAAUGUGCGACCAAAAUGGAUGAGCCAACAUAGUGAUAGAUUUAUUUUUUUUUACGUUGAUUGAAUGAUGAUGAAAACAUCUUCAUCCUGUGAUGGUGCUUUUGAAUCUUUUUCAUUUUUUAUUUAAUUGCAUCAGAUAACUGGUUCUCUCUGCAGAUUGUGCUUUAAUGUUGACUUAUUUACAGGCAGAAUCCUCCCAGGCUGUCCUGAUUGGUCUGCCACCUUCACUGAAAUGUUCCUGUUCAUAUAAGAACUGGUCAGCAGCUGUAUGGGUACAGACCCAAGCACAGUUCCAACAGGAUUGCUCUUGGAAAGUUGAAGUCAUCACCUUGAGCCAGAAAAUCCCCUCGGUCUCUAACUAGGCGCUCUGGUCACGCUGUGACAUUUGCAAUAUCCAGUAAUAUUAAAGUCAAUAAAGCCACUUGCUCUAAUGUCCACUUAUGUCAUUUUAAAUGUUGUGAGUGCAUUAAUUUGUCAUCAUGCCUCUGACAGGGACCGUAGAAUACCUUCUAGGUGUCACCAAUGAGCCUCUAACCGUAGAACCAGGUGUACUGGUCACAAAGCUGCCGUGGGCCUGUGGACAUCUCCACAGUUGGUUGAUCCAUCUGAUCUCUUGGGUGGAAAACAACCAACAACAUGGGUUUGUGCAUGAGCAGCACUUAUACAUGAGGCCCCUGGUUCCUGGGGGUGGUCACAGCUGACAUGCGAUGAGACGUUGAACGCAGGAUGUAGCUGUCCCAUGUCCUCCUGUUUUUUUUCCUCAUCUGAUCCAUUCCUGUUUUGUUUGACAUGUCUGCUCUCCCUGUAGCUGCCGAGUUUGCAUCAACCAGCUGACGUGCUGUCAGGCUGCAGGCAGGUGUGUGUAUGUGUGAAGCAGGUGGACAGGUGAUGGUGCGGCUGCUUAAACAGACGCUGCAACUUCCUGCAGCUGCUGUUUGUUAAACGUCUGCUGUCUGCUUCAGUGUCGCAUCACUUCAGCUCAUCAGAUGAUUCAGGAACGCACUGUUGGAGGAAAACCUCAGUAAAUUGUUUCAGGGGAAAACUGAGGCAGCUUCCACAUGUUUGACAGUUUAAUCUGUCUCCUCCUCACCUGCUGUGGAGGACACCGGGGUGGACGGCAGACUCCACAUCUUGACUGCAUGAAACAGAACAGACUCAGAAAUCUGAGUUAAAAGAAUCUUUUUACUUCAGCAUGUUUUGUGUUUAGUUUUAGUAAAUGUAGAAAGUUCUGUUUUUGAGAAUCCGGACUUGUGCAAAAUGUUUACAUGAUCUGUUUUUAACCAAAUUAAAAGAACUAAAAUGGACGAUCAGAAAAGAAACAUCUUUGAAAUGAAAGAGAAACUGGUUAUUACAUAGUGAUGAAGUGUGCACUCCUGAUCACCUGUGAUUUCAUUGAUUAUUAACAUGUUUCUGACUGUUUGUUGUGCUGACGAUGAUGUCAUCGGAGCUGCGUGGGAGCAGCCCAAAGGAGGUGGAGCAGCCACAGGAGCCAAUGGCAGCACAGCAGGAAGUCCGUCAGGUUCUGCUCCUCCAAUCGGAGGCCUGUUCACAGGCGGAGUUCCCAAACUGAAGCCAGUCGGAGACUCCUCCUCGGGACGUUCUCCUUCGGCUCGUCCUGCAGCACCCCGCCCUCCAAGCCAUCGGCAUGACAACACAGAGAGCCCCUCCCCUCAGGCGUUGUCACCAAUGGAGACCUCUCGAUCUCAGCGUCCUUCGCUCCCCAACCUCUCCUCCUCUCCCUCCCCCUCCUGCCCUUCCUCCGCAGCCUCCUCACCCUCCACUGGCAUGAAACACUCUUCCUCCGCUCCUCCUCCCCCUCCUCCUCCCCUCUCGCGCCGUGGUAAUGCCCCCUCCCCUCCAUCCUCCUACAACAGGGAGAAACCCCUCCCACCAACACCUAACAAUACCCCGCCUCUACCCACAAAACCUCCUCCGUCUCCUAGCAACAGCAGACGUCCUCCCACGUCUGGAGGAAACCCCUCCAGCUCCUCUCUGGCCCCGCCUCCUCCACCGUACCGCAUUAACGGUCCAACGGGGGGUGGCGAGGUGGCGCCCGAGCUGCCCCAGCGACACAACUCGCUGAGCAACAAGAGGCCCGCUCCGUCACCGGGAGGCCACACCCCCACUAGAGGUCCAGCCCCUCCGCCUCCUCCUGCGUCACCCACACCAUCCCAGCACGGAGCCAACAGGCCGCCUCCUCCCGUCAGAGAGCCGCCGAGCAGGGGAGCAGCUCCUCCGGUUCCAGCUCCAUUAUCAUCGUCAACGAGGGCAGGUGGCAGAGAAGCUCCGCCUCCUCCUCCUUACAGGACGCACGGUAGCCCCUCCCUGUCUUCGGACCCCCCCUCCAGAGGGAAACCUCCUCCCCCACCCUCCCGCACCCCAGCCGCUCCUCCGCCGCCUCCCCCUCCUCUCCGUAACGGACACUCCUCCUCCUCCUCCAUCCCUCGCUCGUUUGUUGACGACUUUGAGUCCAAAUAUGCCUUCCACCCUCUGGACGACUUCCCUCCUCCAAACGAGUACAGACACUUCACCAAGAUCUACCCGAGCAAAGCCAGCAGAGUGAUGAGAGGAGCUCCUCCUCUUCCUCCUGUUGGCAGGUGAACCUUCAACUUCUCCCCUCUCACACCUGCUUCUUCAUCCUGUUUGUCCAUCUCCACCUCAUCUACGCUCACAGCUGAUUGGCUGAGGAGAUGUCCGACAGUUUGACCAAUCAGAGAGGCCUUGUGGAAGAAUCGGAUUGAAGGAGCGAAGCGUCUUCCUCCAGAUGUUUGAUUUUUGUUUGCACCUGCACUUUUAGUUUUUAUCAGGCGGCAGCACAGAGUCGGAAACAGCAGCAUGAGCCGUUCCUGAUGGUUCUGUUAACCUAACGAGGACGGGCCACAGCAGGAUCCAGGUGGAUUCUGAAGGCUUCAGGCAGAGGAUGAAGAUGAAUUAAAGCUUACUAAACGAUUAACGCUGAAAAAAACAGAUCUUAAUAUCAUUCACUGACAGAAACACUAAUCAGAGACAUGUUCUCACACUGAGACUUCUCCACAGGUCCUGUACCUGGGUCUAGGUCAGGUUCUGGAUCUGCUGGGUCCACAAACUGAACUGGGAUCAGUUACUUCUGAGGAUUUCUCCUCAGACUCCAUGAAGGAUUAAAAACCUGUAUAUAUGCACCUCAAUCAUCAGCUGACUGAGUGGUUCCUGAGCAGGUCAGUUGUUUAAGUGCCAAUAUGGACUGAGGAGGCCCGUAGAACCUCAGCUGGGGUCAUGUGAUCGAACCAAGUGUGGAGGAGCACGAUCCGACCUAUUUCAUAUCAGUAAAUAUUUCUUCAUGUAUCACAGCAGCUGCGUCUUAGACAAGAAAACGGUUUGUUUCUGCUGAUGAUUCCUAGAACUGUUGGAAAUAUGGGAGAAAAAAGGUCAAAUGUGAAGAUUUCAGAGGUCAUUCUGAAGGUCGAUGUCAGAGCUGCUGCCUGGAAAUCCUACAGCAUUAAUAUCUGUUAAAUUAAUUAAUGUUCAAAAGAAGAAGCUUGUGAUGUCACUGGUUGCUAUGGCGAUUUCCUCCUCUCACCCACAGCAGUAUUUCAGACUGUCAGGAAAACUCGUUCAUGACCUGUGAGAACCGUGAGCAGUCAUGAUGGAGGAGGAAGUCCACCGUUUCUGCGUUAGAAAAACUGUCACAAACAAAGGGUCAAAGGUCAGAAACAUUUCUGUAAUUAAAAAAAGUUCUGGGAAUAGAAGAAAAUGUUCUGAAUUAAACUGAGGGGGAAAAAAAAAAAUGUAAAAAUCACUGAAUCAUUCGGACCUCAGUCUCAUUCUCCCUAUAAUCCCGGCCCAAGGGUGGGUUUUUUUUUUCUUAAUUUUACUAAUAAAGGUAUUUAAAACCAUGAGAUCAGUUCUGAUUUCAGCAGGAAGAAAAGUAAAAAGUGUCAUUUAGUUCUAAUUUAUGCAUCAACAUUGUGGCUUUUUCUCUCCCAUCAUUCUCCUUAUAUUAGUGGACUUUUCUCCUCAGAUUGACUUCCUGUUACUGUAUAUAUUUAUGAUUAUUUGAGAAUAAUUCGUCGUUUUCCUGAACCCCAGGCCUCCUAUGUGGUUUAAUCCGGUCAUGUUCUAACAUGUUCUUCCUGACAUAGCUGUUCUCUGCAUGCAGAACCUUCUCUGGUGGCUUUCCAUGCUGGAAUGUUGUUGAAUCGGAAAUCUCCGGAUUUCUGGGAAUAACUUCGGUGUCGCCCCCUGGCUGCAAACGAUGGAGCUGCAGUCUGACUAACUGAGCGGAACUGAUUUCUGUGCUGCAGGAUGGACUGUAGAGGCUCUAACCGAAGUUCUAAUGGUGUCAGCUUUAUUCUGACACUGGGACUAAUGGUGUGUGUUGUUCUCAGUUUAGCAGCAUGCUCUCUAACUGGUUUAACUGGUCUCUGAAUAAACUCCAGCAGUUACUGA